CGAUUGUAUAUACUUUAAAUAAAGAUAUUUUAGUAUUAAGUGGAUAUUACCGUGGACCAGCUCAAAAAUAUAAUGGAGGAAAAUGUCGGUACCUCGAAGGUCUAAAGCCAAAGUUAUGUGAAGAUAUUAAAAUACAUCAUGCAUCUGGACUCGCUUACUUUGCAUGUGGAGAUAGACAGAGUAACAAAAAUUUUUCAUGGCCACCACCAAUUGAUACAUAUAAAAGUAUUCCUUUAAGAGGUACUUUUUAUGUCUACAACAUCAAGACAGAUAAACUAACACCUCUUAAUCUCAAAAAUUUUGCUGAUGAAGAAGACUUUGUACUUCAUGGUUUUGGAAUUUAUGAAAGUCCUAUAGAACCCGAUAAUCUUUAUUUUUUUAUUAUAAAUCACAAACGCACCGGAAGUGUGAUUGAAUUAUUCAAGCACAAAAUAAACACAUUUGAAUUAAAUCAUUUAAAAACAUUUAAACAUGAUUUAAUUUAUAAUCCUAAUAAUGUUGUUCCAGUAUCAAAAGAUGAGUUUUAUACAACAAACGAUUUUUAUAGUCAAUCAUAUUGGAAAAUACAAUUAGAAAUGUUGACAUGUCGUAGGUGGAGUAACGUUGUCUUUCACUCUUCAAUAACAAAUACGACAGAAAUAGUUGUUAAUGGAUUAAUUGUAGCAAAUGGAAUUAAUGUAAAUUGGGAUUAUUCCCGCAUUUUUAUUGGGACUAGUGGUACAGGAGAACUUUUAAUAUAUGAAAGAAAACCCGAUAAUAAAUUAAAGCUAUUGGAUACCAUUAAAGUUGAACAUUCGGUUGAUAACGUCAAUGUGGAUCCAGUUACAGGAGAAAUUUAUCUUGCAGUGUUGCAUAAUGGUCUAGAACUAUUCUUAUACGCCAGUGAUUUAAUAGACCUAUCUAAAAAACCUUCAUUUGCUGUAAUUAAAAUUAGCAACAAUACUAAAGAAGAUAAAUUUUAUGGUAACAAUUAUGUAAAAGAGAAAAUAUUUGAGGAUGAUGGUACUUUUUUUCACUCACUUUCUGUGGCAGCUGGUGAUAGUAGUAGGAAAGUGAUGUUUUGGGGAUCUCCCUUUGCUGAAGGAGUUGUUAGAUGUGAAUUGGACUAA